UAAUAUCCUACUUUAUCUUAUUUUAUCCUGAUUAUUAUCCCGGCGACCAAACACAGCCUAAAAGUCAUUGUUUAUCUUGACUUUCUUCCCCCUUCUCUCUCUCUUUUCCCUCCCUCUCUUUCCUCUCUAAUCCAUGCAUGAAGCCCCCACCACCAGCCGACUUCCCUCUCUCCUCCCUCAUGUGUGUACACUUCCUCUUCCUUUUGCCGAUUCCAUUUUUCUUCUGCCCAUCUCCCUCAUGCUUUCUCUUCACCUCUCCACCAUCACUUCCCCUACCACCAACACGUUUCCAUCCCCUCGCCAGCACACCACUGCCUGUUCCCCUCAACCGCAACACCUCAAGCCUCCAUGCCACUCGUCCAUCUCACUGCAGCAACACCCCACCACCAGCGACCCCUCGGUCAACCCACCUGCUCCCAUCUCCACGCAAAAUUCCAACGCUAACUUCACCGGUGCCAACACCACCCAUCGAGCAGCUCCUCACCUCCACGCCACAGCACCAUCGUCUCGUCGUGCCACCGCCUCAGCCCCGCAAGCAACCACCGACCAGCAAGCUUCACACCAGCGCUUUCCGAGCCUCCCUUGGAGCCGCCGUAGACACAAGUCUUCACCACCUUUGCAUCGCCGUUGCCGUGAACCCGUCGACUCGUUACUCCGAACAAAGUGAGGACGCUGAUAAUUGUCGUUUUGGACUAUGGAGUGUUAUGGAAGAACAUCACGAACGCCUACUCCUUGGGCCUUGCCUUUUAGACCAUCAACACAUCCCGCCAUCUAUCAAGCCUUGUUUACCAAUGAAACACGAAGAGAUACUUCCUAUUCAGCACUCUUCUCGAUGGACAUCUGGACUUCGGCGCCCUCCCGAUUUCGUGGUUUUCCGUUGUUUGAAGUGGAAUUCCACUCAUCGUACUUACGGAUGAAGGAUUAUCUGUGAGUUAAGCUUGCUUGGAAAAAAGCAAGGAUAGAGACAACACUUGAGGUUAGUAUGUUGUCCCAUGAUCUGAACAGGGGACUAUUGGGUUUUGCAAUAUGUUUCUAUCCCAAUCAACCAAUUGCUUCUUUUUCUCUUGGGGACCCAAAACUGUCACUCUUUUUAGAUAUCUUUACCAUAGCUGGCUUUGUGCUGAAUGGCAUUCCUGUAGAAAAUUUGGAGCCGUUGGAAGUACCUUAUAUUUCUAAGAGUGUCCUUGCUCAUGGGAAAUUCCUUGAUUGAUUCUGCUGCACUUUUGGUCCCAUUGACUCCACUAAACAUAUUGCCUUUUUGCUCUAUUGACUAUCGAAAUAUGUAUUCUUUAGCUCUUAAAGUUUCAAGGGACCAUCUACACAUUGCCUCGGAUGUAAAUGGUUUGCUCUGGGUCCACUUGUUUUGGCUUUGUUAUAUAGGGGUUUACUCAUGCAUCUCUUUCAACGAAAUCCAAAGAUGGUACGUUAUCUGGUCCAUUUUGGCUUUUGGGAGUAUGGCUGGCUCUUUAUUUUCCUUUUUUAUUCAGUGAAUAUUCUUAUGAUCUUUCACAUUACUCUUUAGCGAACUCUAGACAUUCUCAUCAUUUCCUUUUAGUAUAUCAAUUACUAAAUCGUUCACCUUUGGAUACACUUAUUCGAUUUUCUUCCUUUACGUUCUAUCUUCAAACUUUUUUGGAAUUCGACCAUGAUCUCAUUGAAUUUUUCCCUUAUAAACCUGAAGAGUUCAACUACCUCUGCGAUCCUACAGCCUUGAACGACUAUGAAGAGUUCUGGAUUUGGAUUUCUGCCAAUGAUGAACUACACCUUUGGCCCGAUAUUCAACAAAGAAUGAGUGGAGAACAGUCCACGGCUUGGCCCUUGAUUGGAAGCCUUGAAGGCCGGCGAUGAGCUCUGGCGAGGAGGCUCACGGUUCUAGAACGCCUCGGAAUCUUUCUAUUAUCCCUCGCCGGCUCACGGUUCUAGAAGGUUGCCAUUGGGUCUGCUUCGAUCACUCGCACGUUGCUCAUCCCUCCCUCGAAGACGCACGCUCACUCGGUCACCCGCCCGUCACUCCGUCCCUUUGUUUUGCGUCGCAGACGCCUCCCUCGUGUGAAUAAGAAGGGCUACCAAAAAGGGCUGCGCCUCUUCUCCUUUUUCUUAAUUGCUUCAGAUGGGCUCCGUAAUGGGCUAAGAGAAAGAAACAAAAGAUGGGCCCAAAGAAUUAAAAAGUAGGCUGGGCCAAUAGAGGGAGGGGUUUAGAGGGCCCAAAAUUUUUGCUUAGUGGGCUGGACAUACCGGCCCACAUGAC